AGUAAUUUUAUACUUUUAACCAGACACUUAUUAUAAACUAUAUUUAUUGAACUCACAUCUGUGUUACGAGCAAAAGACGGUCACUCGUUAUUUUCAUUUUGAUCAAAAUUUAAUCCUCAGUUUUUAGCCCCAAAAAUAAUGUCUAGUGAUUUAAUUCCCGGAUUUGGCAGCGAUGGAAUUAGCGACAUCAGUCCUGAAGAUUUACAGAGAAAACUCUAUUUUUUAAACGAAAAACUUCAGAUAAUGGCAAAGGAUUUACCUCCAAAGUAUCAACAGAGGAUUCCCAACGAAUUGUUGUGUGGUCUAGCAGAGUCUCUACUGGAUAACACAGUGUUUGGAAUUGUUGACAACCUGAUGGACAUUCAACAUGUGACAGAGAAACAGCUGUUUCAACAGAGACUUCAGUUCAUGAACAAACACACCCUGGCUCUGCAAGAGUUGAUGAUGAACACACAAUUAGAUGAGGAAACCAAGGCAAAACAACGUUCUCUGAUGCAAGCGUCCCAUAAAAAGGAAAUGCAACUGUUUGACAUGAAGCUAGUUACAGAAUUGGACAAGAAGGUGAGUGACCAACAGCGGAUCCUAGAAAUGGCUGGUGUGCCGGGGUUUGAGGUGACCAGCGACCCUGUCAAGAUACAGGUGCAGAUCCGACUAUUAGACUUCAUCUUGCGUCUCAGUCAGAUGCAGUUGCCUCCCUAGCAUUGGCUCACGGUGAGCGACUAGUUCCUGGUCUCCUCACCAAAACAAGAAAAACCAAAAAAACAAUUUUGUGGAGUGAAUACUUUGUUGGAAGUGUUAUUGCUGUGUUUCUGGAAUAUUUGGGGCUGUAUUUAAUUGGUUCAGUUAAAAAUAUUAUUUAUGGGGAAUAUGAGUUCUGUAAAAUUUGUUUGUCAUUUAAAUUUUAGUUUCUUAGGGAAUUUAUAAAGCUUAAUUUGAAAUAUGUGAGGAAAAAUAUGUCAAUGGAAUUCCUGUGUUAAAUUUUUAAUAAUUAAAUUCAACGGGAUUAAUUUUUUGUUUUGACUAAGUAUUGUAUAAUGAGUUUGCAUUUAUGAUGAAUUAAAGUCUAGUGUGUUUACUAGAUUUUUAUGAAUUAAAAUGUGGUUUUAAUA